AUGUCAUAUUCUCGUCUUCAUGAUACAGCUCACACUAACCAUGUACAUCAUGAGUUAAAUCAGAAACAGCAUAGUCCACACACAGAACAACAUCUACGACAUCCGCAUUAUCCAAAAAUUCCACAAAACUCUUUAUCAUCGUCAUCACCACCGACAUCAAUACAUCAUCAUCAUCGUCAUGACCCACAUCAUUCACAACAUUUUCAUUCAAAUCGUUUACAUUCUUCUUCACUUCAUAAUUCGCAACAACAUUUGGAACAUCGUGCACCGUGUCUACCGUCUAGACCAACAUCUCGAAUUAGACAUAAUAAAGCCUCCUCUCUUAAUGGCUCAAUUCGUAGUGAUGGUUCCAUGAAUGAUGACUCACAAACUGAUAAGAUCGGUUUUAAAUCGAGUGAAUUAGUGGUAGAUGAAACUGGAUCACAGAAAGAUGUUAUAGACGAGUUAGAUGCUGAGACUAGAAGUGAUCUGAAAAGACAGAAAAAACGUGGAAUAUUUCCAAAAGUUGCUACAAACAUUAUGAGAGCAUGGCUUUUUCAGCAUUUAACACAUCCUUAUCCCUCUGAAGAACAGAAAAAGCAACUGGCUCAAGAUACUGGUUUAACGAUCUUACAAGUAAACAACUGGUUCAUUAAUGCCCGUCGAAGGAUUGUACAACCUAUGAUCGACCAGUCUAAUAGAACAGGUCCUCAUGGUUAUUCAGUCACAGAAAAUAUACCUUCAUGUAUGGAUUAUAUUGAAGGUGCUCCACCAUAUUCAGCCUAUACCAGGGCAGCUCAAGCUGCGGCAGCCGCGGUCGCUGGAUUCUCAAAUCAUCCAACAACUAACGAUGUUUACUUAGCAGCUGCUGCAGCUGCUGCAGCUUCAGUUGGUUUCAGUAAUGUUGUUGGAAAUGAUUCAUCAAAUCAAGAUCAUCUGAAUCAUUUCCCUAGUGGUAACCAUAGUAACCAAUGUGUUGGUGGAACCCCACCUAAAGCUAAUUCAAUGGAUUCGCUUAUGAUACCAACAGAUUAUAGACUUUCAGAUAGUAUUCACAGCACAAAUAACCGUUUGCCGCAUUCAUUAUAUUCAGAUGACAUGAAUGAGACGCCAACAAACUUAUCCUCCUCUCUGUCAACAACUUGUAGCGUGUUUACAAAUAAUCCAUUCAAUAGUACUGGUGCAGACUGUGCAACACUGAAUAGUGCAUAUAGUAACAGUGAUCCGAAUCGCAAUCAUCAUUAUCAGCAUCAGAAUAACAACAGUAAUAGUAUUGGUUAUCCGAUUGGGAUGCCGUAUUACCAUUCAUUUGACUCACGGAACGGAUAUCCAUUGAACAACCUUUCAUAUAGUAAUUACAGCUCAAACAAUUCGGCCAUUUCCAGUCAAUUUGAUUUACUUUCUACGCUACCGACUAAUCACACUUCUAAUCUAAUAUCAUCGCAUUGUAAUGUAACACAAGCCACACCAACAGCGUACUCACCGAGAAGUCAUCGUAUAAAUGAUACGGACGGUAGUAAUAGUGGUAUGAUUCAUGCUGAAGAUCUUUUGGUCCCGAAUAUGCUCAACACUGCUAAUCCCAACGCAGUAAUUCACAAUAGUACUAUAUCCAAUGACUCCAUUAUGGGAACAAAUUCAUUGAUAACCGCAUCCUUUUCACUAAUAGCUAGUAGAAAUGAUAACGAGGACGAUGUGGAUGAAGUUGAAAAGAUAAGCAUGAAAUCCUCUCGUUUAGGUGUAAACAGUCCAACAAAAUGA